GUCAGACUCAGUCCAGCUUUACAGAAGAGUCCAGCACUGUCUCAUUCCUGUACCAGAAUCCUUGUGUUUGUGAGUGUGGUUUUCUCCACUCUCUUUACAUGCCUUGUGAGAACUACAGGUGAAGAUCCAGCAUGGAGGUUUAUAUUGUGGGAAUCUGCAUCGCAGUGUGUGGAAACUUUCUCAUCAGCAUCUCCUUAAAUAUCCAGAAAUACACACAUUUGCGGCAGUCACAGCGAGGAACGCGGCCGUACUACACCAGCCGUCUGUGGUGGUGCGGGAUCCUGUUGAUGGGUUUGGGUGAGCUGGGAAACUUUGCUGCGUAUGGAUUUGCACCGGCGUCUCUCAUUGCACCUCUCGGCUGUGUGUCAGUCAUCGCGAGUGCCGUCAUUUCUGUGGUGUUUCUCAAGGAAACAUUACGCGCUUCUGAUAUUCUUGGAGGAGCUUUAGCACUGACAGGCACCUACUUUCUUGUGACCUUUGCCCCUCACUCAUCCCCUCAUGUGACAGCCAAUAUGGUGGAGCGCUCGCUGGUCAGCUGGCAGUUCCUUAUUUACUUUAUGUCUGAACUGAUUCUCUUCAUUGUCCUCAUGUAUCUGUACAAGUGCAGGAACAUCAAACACAUAAUAAUCAUGAUGCUGUUAGUGGCAUUACUCGCUUCACUGACGGUGAUUUCAGUGAAAGCCGUUUCUGGAAUGAUCACAGAGACGAUUCGCGGCAGUCACCUCCAGCUGACGUAUCCCAUCUUCUACAUCAUGUUCAUCAUCAUGAUCAUAUCAUGCGCCUUUCAGAUCAAAUUUCUCAAUCAGGCCAUGAAGACGUUUGACGCCACUGAAAUCGUGCCCAUCAAUUACGUGUUCUUCACUGCGAGUGCCGUCGUUGCUGGGAUUUUAUUUUAUGAAGAAUUUUACGGUCUAUCUUUGAUAUACAUCAUCAUGUUUAUUGUUGGGUGUCUGUUGGCCUUUACUGGUGUGUUUCUAAUCGCAAGAGCUCGACCCAGUAUCAAGAUGGACCGUGUGUUCAUUUCAAUGGGACAAAUUCCAGGCAAAGGUUGCACAGAUAAAGUGCAGCCGCAGUCAGACGACGGUAAAUACGAGACACUGGCGUCUAAAUUUACAUGCAACAGCGGAAUUCAGCAGGACGACGCGUAGAAACAGGGGAGACAACUGCACUAAUGCUCAGUGUGUGUGUGUGUGUGUGUGUGUGUGUGUGUGUCUGAGAGGGCCAGUCCGACUAACUGAAUUUGAGUUUUUGAAACAUUUUAUUUUUAAUAUAAUUGUCUAAAAGUCACGAGAGCAUUGCAAUUGUUCCAAGUUUUUUUUUUAGACUUCUUGUUUUCAAAUAUCUAAUAAACUACAGUGUAAAAUUA